GCGCGGGGGAGGCGCGCGGGCCCCCGGAGCUGGCGUCUGCCCGCCGCGGCCGGGCGCUGGCGGCCCAGAGCGGAGGCGCAGGGCGCCCGGAGGCCUCGCGGGCCGCGCCGGCAUGUGGAACCCCCUUCACGACGGCCACUCGGCCCCGGCCGCGGGGCGCCGGCCGCGCUGGCUGUGCGUCGGGGCGCUGGCGCUGACCGUCGGCCUCUUCACCCUCGGCUUCCUCUUCGGGUGGUUUAUAAAAUCCUCCAAUGAAGCUAAUACUGUUCCAGAGCAUAAUAUGAAGAAGGCAUUUUUGGAUGAAUUGAAAGCUGAGAACAUCAAGAAAUUCUUAUAUAAUUUUACCCGGAUACCACAUUUAGCAGGAACAGAACAAAAUUUCCAACUUGCAAAGCAAGUUCAAUCCCAAUGGAAAGAAUUUGGCCUGGAUUCUGUUGAGUUAACUCCUUAUGAUGUCCUGUUGUCUUAUCCCAAUAAGACUCAUCCCAACUACAUCUCAAUAGUUGAUGAAGAUGGAAAUGAGAUUUUCAACACAUCACUAUUUGAACCACCUCCUCCAGGAUAUGAAAAUAUUUCAGAUGUUGUACCACCUUUUAGUGCCUUCUCUCCACAAGGAAUGCCAGAGGGCGAUCUAGUGUAUGUCAACUAUGCACGAACUGAAGACUUCUUUCAACUAGAGCGGGACAUGAAAAUCAAUUGCUCUGGGAAGAUUGUGAUUGCCAGAUAUGGGAAAAUUUUCAGAGGAAACAAGGUUAAAAAUGCCCAGCUGGCAGGGGCUAAAGGAGUCCUUCUGUACUCGGACCCUGCUGAUUAUGUUGCUCCUGGGGUGGAGUCCUAUCCUGAUGGUUGGAAUCUUCCUGGAGGUGGUGUUCAGCGUGGGAAUAUCUUAAAUCUCAAUGGUGCAGGGGACCCUCUCACUCCUGGUUACCCUGCAAAUGAAUAUGCUUAUAGACGUGGAAUCACAGAGGCUGUCGGUCUUCCCAAUAUUCCUGUUCAUCCCAUUGGGUACUUUGAUGCGCAGAAGCUCUUGGAAAAAAUGGGGGGGUCUGCACCACCAGACAGCAGCUGGAAAGGACACCUCCAAGUGCCCUACAAUGUUGGACCUGGUUUUACUGGCAACUUUUCUACACAAAAAGUCAAGAUGCACAUCCAUUCCAACAAUAAAGUGACAAGAAUUUACAAUGUGAUCGGGACUCUCAGAGGAGCUGUAGAGCCAGACAGAUAUGUCAUUCUCGGAGGUCAUCGUGACUCAUGGGUGUUUGGUGGCAUUGACCCUCAGAGUGGAGCAGCUGUUGUACAUGAAAUUGUGAGGAGUUUUGGAACACUGAAAAAAGAAGGGUGGAGGCCUAGAAGAACAAUCUUGUUUGCAAGCUGGGAUGCAGAAGAAUUUGGUCUCCUUGGUUCUACUGAGUGGGCAGAGGAGAAUUCCAGACUCCUUCAAGAGCGUGGUGUGGCCUAUAUUAAUGCUGACUCUUCUAUUGAAGGAAAUUACACUCUGAGAAUUGAUUGCACCCCACUGAUGUACCACUUGGUAUACAGCCUAACAAAGGAGCUCCAAAGCCCUGAUGACGGCUUUGAAGGUAAGUCUCUGUACGAGAGCUGGAAUGCGAGAAGUCCUUCCCCCGAGAUCAGUGGCGUGCCCAGCAUUAGCAAGUUAGGAUCUGGUAACGAUUUUGAGGUGUUCUUCCAAAGACUUGGAAUUGCUUCAGGCAGAGCACGGUAUACUAAAAAUUGGGCAACAAGCAAAUUCAGCAGCUAUCCACUGUAUCACAGUGUCUACGAAACAUAUGAAUUGGUGGAGAAGUUUUAUGACCCAACAUUUAAGUAUCACCGUGCUGUGGCCCAGGUUCGAGGAGGGAUGGUAUUUGAACUGGCCAGUUCCAUAGUGCUCCCUUUUGACUGUGAAGAUUAUGCUGCAGCUUUAAGAAAGUAUGCUGACAAAAUCUACAAUAUUUCAAUGAAACAUCCACAAGAAAUGAAAACAUACAGUGUGUCAUUUGAUUCACUUUUUUCUGCAGUGAAGAAUUUUACAGAAAUUGCUUCUAAGUUCAGUGAGAGACUCCAAGACUUGGACAAAAACAACCCAAUACUAUUAAGAAUUAUGAAUGAUCAACUGAUGUUUCUGGAACGUGCAUUUAUUGAUCCUUUAGGAUUACCAGAGAGGCCUUUCUAUAGGCAUGUCAUCUACGCUCCAAGCAGCCACAACAAGUAUGCAGGGGAAUCAUUCCCAGGGAUCUACGAUGCUCUGUUUGAUAUUGAAAGCCAAGUGGAUCCUUCCAAAGCCUGGAGAGAAGUCAAGAGGCAGAUUUCUAUUGCAGCCUUCACAGUGCAGGCUGCAGCAGGGACUCUGAGGGAAGUAGCCUGAGAACAUUCUACAGAGAACCCAGACCAACGUAUACUUCUCCCUGUGGAUCAAAAAGGAAAGAUGGACCACUUUUAUUUUAUAAAUAGAAUGUUAUUCUGAAGUUGAACUAAACAUUAAAAUCAAGAACUGUGUAAUAUUUUAAAACUCUGAAGUGGCUUUAUCAGAGAAUCAAGUCUAAAUCAGCACUUCCAAACCUAUUUCCAUGUAGAAAAUACCAGCAUGUUGUGUAACACAUGGGAACGGGCACGGAGCUGCUCCAAGCCAGAGGCCUUUGGCCCUGCCUGGCCACCUGAAGCUGAGAGCGUCACUAUGUCAGCAUUCGAGGUGGGCAACUCUGGUCUGUGACACUGCAGGUAAAGGUAAUCAUCCUCUACCACGAGGGAUAACAAACUUUUUUAAAUUAGCAAAUAUUUUGUUGAUACUAGAAGGUUUAUAUAACACAUUAUAUAAAUAAAUCUUAAUAUUAAUAGUUUUAUUUAAUAUUAAAAAUUCAAUAUUAAUAAUUAAUCUUCACCUCGGAGGAUGUGUGUAAGUUAGGAGAAAAGGAAAACCAAAAAGAAUAAGGAUAAGGACAUAAAACCAAGCCACAAAGAAGUCUCAUGUGAAUAGAUAAGACUUCCGCCGUGAAAUUUAGCAACAACCCUUGAGAUCAAAAAUAAACCUAUUGCUCAGGAGAAGCAAAAACAUAGAACAUAUAAUGACAGGUUUAGAUGCA